CUCGUUGACCUUAAGUAUUGAUAUAUUUAAUUAUAGAUUCUCAGCACUGUGGGACAUGUUGCAGCUGUUUUGAUUGUGACCGAAUGGUCUUUCCUGCAUCCCUUUCGCGGUUCUGGUGAUACUGGGCCAGCCUGCAUCGUUCUAGGAGCACUGGUUGGAGAACAUGGGAUCUGGUAGUUCUGUAAAUGGCAACUACAAGUACUCCCUGCAGAAGUCUGAAAAUGCUUUCAAGGCAGCUGUCUUGAUCCAGCAGUGGUAUCGGCGCUACGUUGCUCGGCUGGAAAUGCGCCGGCGUUGCACCUGGAGAAUCUUUCAAUCCAUUGAGUACGCUUGCGAGCAGGAUCAGAUAAAGCUUCACAACUUCUUCAGUUACCUCGUGGACCACUUCACACCAAGCAGCAGUAAAGAGAGGGAUUUUAUCAGUCGCAUGUUCGUAAGUGGGGAAAGCUUCAAAGAGGCAGAGCUGGAAAAAUACUGUGACUAUGAAUCCAUGGAGGUGCCAGACUCCUACACUGGACCUCGUCUCUCUUUCCCACUCCUUCCUGACCAUGCGACUGCCUUGCUGGAAGCUUUCAAACAGAAACAACAGCUCCACGCUCGCUAUGUCUUAAACCUUCUGCAUGAGACCAGGAAACACCUCAAGCAGCUGCCAAACAUCAGUCACGUCUCCACCUGCUACAGCGAGGAGGUCACCGUAUGUGGAGACUUGCACGGCCAGCUGGAUGACUUGUUCUUCAUAUUUUAUAAGAAUGGCCUUCCUUCCCCUUCCAAGUCCUACGUGUUCAACGGGGACUUCGUAGACAGAGGCAAACAGUCCCUCGAGAUCCUCAUCGUCCUCUUUACCUUCCUCUUGAUCUAUCCAAAGGAGGUUCAUCUCAACCGCGGGAACCAUGAGGACCACAUGGUCAACUUACGGUAUGGGUCCUGUGCAGGGCUGAUCGCGAUGCCAAGGGUGUCGCUGCCAAAUCCCACUGAACUUGCUUUCUCCUGUUCCUUUAGCUACGGUUUCACCAAGGAAGUAAUGCAGAAAUACAAGGUGCACGGGAAGAAAAUCUUAAAGAUGAUCCAGAAUGUCUUCUGCUGGCUGCCCCUUGCCACCCUGAUAGAUCAGAAGGUCCUCAUUAUACACGGGGGCAUCUCUGACACCACUGACCUGGACAUGCUCGAGAAAAUUCAAAGGAACAAAUUUAUAUCUGUAUUAAGAGGGAAGAAAAGAAAGGAAUCAAAUAGAAAUGUGGAAAUACAGGAAUUAAACGGGGAGAGCAAAGCAGAGGCUGACCCAGCAGGGAAUGAGGCAGCCCCCAGUUUACCUCCGCAGCCCCAGCCAGCCCAGGCUCCCAGCAUGGCCAACAGGCUGGAGUUCUCCAGGUGGGUCCGGCAGACGGUGCAGGAGCAAAUUGAGUGGUGCCGCCGGCUGGUGGACAUCAGCGAGUCAGAGGAGGAGGAGCUCACCUAUUCCAGCGUUGUCUCCAUGACAGAUCUGGAUGGGCCGUGCUGGACACGCCAGGAGGAGUGGAAGCAGAUUUUAGACAUUCUCUGGAGUGACCCCAUGCCUCAGGAGGGCUGCAGAGUAAAUACGGUACGAGGUGGCGGCUGCUACUUUGGGCCUGACGUGACAGGGAAGAUCCUUGACAAAUACAACUUGCAGUUCCUCAUCCGCUCCCAUGAGUGCAAGCAAGAGGGCUACGAGUUCUGUCACAACCGGAAGGUGCUGACCAUAUUUUCAGCCUCAAACUACUAUGAGAUUGGCAGCAACAGGGGAGCCUAUGUGAAGCUGGGACCAGACCUCGUCCCCCAUUUUGUUCAGUUCCAAGCGAACAAGACAGCCCAUACUCUCACUAUGACCCAAAGAAUCAGCAGAGUAGAGGAGUCAGCCUUUCGAGCCUUGCGGGAAAAGCUCUUUGCUCACACCUCAGCCCUUAUCAGUGCGUUCAAGGCCUACGAUAAGGACAAUACAGGGAGGAUCACGCUGAGCAACUGGGCGACGGCAGUGGAAUCAGUCUUGCACCUGGGAUUGCCCUGGCGAAUGCUGAGACCGCAGCUGGUGCGCAGCACCGUGGACGGCAUGCUGGAGUACAAGUCCUGGCUCGACGACUUGGCCGUGGAGCAGCGGAGCCAAGAGCACAUCCAGUCAAGUUUGUUGGAAGUCAUUUAUCGAAACAGAUCCAACUUGGAGACCAUAUUCAGGAUCAUAGACAGAGAUCAUUCAGGUCUCAUCUCAUUUGAGGAAUUCCACCAAACCUGGAAGCUGUUCAGCUCCCACAUGAACAUUGAACUCACGGAUGACAGCAUCAACGACCUAGUUCGCAGCAUUGAUUUCAAUAAGGAUGGAAACAUUGACUUCAAUGAGUUCCUGGAAGCCUUCCGCCUUGUCAAACAGUCACAGUAGGAAG